AUGCCAUUCGGUUUAUGCAACGCUCCUGCUACAUUUAAGAGAUGUAUGGUUAGUAUCUUUUCAGAUUACAUUGAGAGCAUUAUUGAGGUGUUCAUGGAUGAUUUCAGUGUAUAUGGCGAUUCAUUUGAUAAAUGCCUGCAUAAUCUUACUUUGGUUCUCAAACGCUGCAUUGAGACCAAUCUAGUUUUGAAUUGGGAGAAAUGCCAUUUUAUGGUACAGCAGGGGAUUGUUUUGGGACAUGUUAUCUCGGAAAAAGGAAUUGAAGUGGACAAGGCCAAAGCUGAUCUCAUUCGGUCUUUACCAUCUCCAUCUAGUGUCAAGGAAAUACGGUCGUUUCUUGGUCAUGCGGGUUUCUAUCGAAGAUUUAUAAAGGACUUCUCUAAAAUCUCUACACCAUUGUGCAAGCUCCUCCAAAAAGAUGUUAAGUUCGAGUUUGAUGAGAAGUGUCUACUGGUCUUUAAUAUAUUGAAAGAAUCUUUGACUACAGCUCCUAUUAUCCAGCCACCGAAUUGGGAGUUGCCUUUUGAGCUUAUGUGUGACGCUAGUGAUUAUGCAGUGGGUGCAGUCCUAGGGCAGCGAGUUGACAAGCUUCCUCAUGUUAUAUAUUAUGCUUCUCGCACUCUUAAUGAUGCUCAACUUAAUUAUUCCACCACUGAAAAAGAGCUAUUGGCGGUCAUUUUUGCAUUGGAGAAGUUUCGUUCUUAUUUGAUUGGGACGAAAGUAAUCAUAUACACCGACCAUGCUGCUCUUAAAUAUUUGCUAGCAAAGAAGGAGGCAAAACCAAGACUUAUUCGGUGGAUUUUAUUGUUACAAGAGUUUGACUUGGAGAUAAAAGAUAAAAGAGGCUCGGAAAAUCUAGUGGCUGAUCACUUGAGUCGGUUGAUUCGGGAGGAGGAGUUCUUACCAUUGCAUGAGCGGUUUCCAGAUGAGCAACUCCUCGCCAUGCAAGAAGUUAUUCCUUGGUAUGCCGACAUUGUAAACUACCUUGCUUCAAAGGAGUUACCAAGUGAUCUCACACAAGCACAACGAAACAAGAUUAAGCAUGAUGCUCGCCACUAUAUAUGGGAUGAACCUUAUCUUUGGAAGCAUUGUACUGAUCAAAUUAUUCGCAGGUGUGUACCGGAAUCUGAAUUUCGUUCCAUCCUUGCUUUUUGUCAUGCUUAUGCUUGUGGUGGACACUUUGGACCUAAGAGGACAGCUCGUAAGAUAUUUGACAGCGGUUUCUAUUGGCCCACAAUUUUCAAAGAUGCUUAUGCUUAUUCCAACGGGCAAGCGGAGGUUUCUAAUCGUGAAAUCAAAUUGAUCCUUGAGAAAACUGUAAAUCCAAACCGGAAAGAUUGGAGUACAAGGCUUGAUGAUGCCUUGUGGGCGUAUCGAACGGCAUAUAAAACACCUAUCGGUAUGUCACCUUAUCGGUUGGUGUAUGGUAAACCUUGCCAUCUACCGGUGGAGCUAGAGCAUAAGGCGUGGUGGGCUGUAAAGAAGUGUAACAUGGACAUGGUUGCUGUAGGACAACAAAGAAUGCUUCAAUUGCAUGAGUUAGAAGAAAUACGCAAUGAAGCAUAUGAGAGUUCGAAAAUCUACAAGGAGAAAACCAAAGCUUUUCAUGACAAACAUAUUCUUCGGAAGAGCUUUGUGGAAGGUCAGAAAGUUCUCAUGUAUCACUCUCGCCUUAAACUCUUUCCUGGGAAGUUGAAGUCUCGUUGGUUAGGUCCGUUCAUUGUUACCAAGGUUUUUCCUCAUGGAGCGGUCGAAGUUGUAAGCCCAAGCACGGGGAAGUCUUUCAAGGUGAAUGGCCAGAGACUGAAGCCUUAUUAUGAGUCAAUGGCCGAGGAGGAGCAAGUUCAUGUGAUGUACCUUGAAGACCCAGUUUAUGUUGAUGAAGAUUGA